AUGGCCGACCGGAGCCGUCCUUUUUUCUUAGCGUUAGGGAGCACAAAUGGUGACAAAGUUCCUGUAGAAAUCAAUGGAACCCCAGUAGAGUUCGAUUCACCUGGCUUCAAAGGUUUGUUCCAUGUCAUCCACGACACAGGGAACGAACCGCACAACGUGAAGCCGGAGAACACGAAUGGCCCAAGGAAGGGAUUGAUUGUACAAUUCCAAGGAAAGUUCAAACACAAUGCCACGAUGGGCCAAGAAAACACUACCAACAUUUGGGCUGGUGGCACAUUGGAUGGAGAGCUCAACCUUGGUUGGAUCAUGUCAAACGUGGUCUCCGUGGGGGCCAAGUUCGCAAAGAAAAAAACCGGUGGCCGUUUCGUGAUUGACCUGGGCAGCAAAACGGCACCGUGCCAGAUGGGCUUCCACAUACGGGCCCUCAUGUGCUUUGUACGAACCCCUGAUGGUGAGGAUCCGCCCCCGUUAGGCAGCGAAGAAGUGGAGAACAUUGCCUGGGCGGGCCCGGGCCUGCUGGAAGUGGAUACAACGAGCACAUACACAUUCAUUUGGAGAGUGGCAUAUCUGGACCUUUACACUUGGGAAUUGUUGAAGGUGCCUGCCAUUAGUCCACUCCCUUUGGAAAGUGUUCUGGGUGAGAUCAAAUCUGGCUGUGCCUUCAUUUAUGAUCUUGGCCGAUGCGGUGGAGAACAUGGCAACUGGAGAGACAGCUUGAUUCUGCAGAUCUUCUUUUCCAGGGGAUCUCAGGGAGAAGACUGGCAAGUAGAGCGAAAGCCAUCGGCUGCCAUAGAUGAUGACUCUCCCAAGACUGUUUUGGAAGUAGCGUCCGAAGCAUCUGAGGAGGGCUCCGCAGCAGGAUCUGAUGUUCAGGUACUGGUCGCGGACGAUCAAAGUGAUUCAGAGACGACCCAAGACUCACUCGAUGAUGAUGAUGAGGCCAUUUACGACCAGGAUGAGGAGGAGAUUCGCGAAUUGAGCAAAAGUCACUCUCAGGCGCUGCUUCAAAUCGAAAGUUGGCGCCCUCGAGAGGUCGAAGGCAUAUUGCCUGAAGAUCUUCAUGUUCAAGUUCCGUUCUACAUUGAAGCAAUCGAUCGUUUCCGACGCCGCAAGGUUCGCGACUGGUAUAUCUUCUCGCUUACUGAUGCCGGUGGCACCUUCUGGACAGCAAAGGACUCCCAGGAGCUGGCUUCACUUUGCCGCCCGAAGCGGCGGCUCCGAACCUUCCGCCGCGGUCCAGGAGCCAGAAGGUACACGUGCUGCGCUGUGAAAACGCUGGAGCAAUUCCGCAAUGUCGUGUCAGUCCAGCUCGACGGAGAAUCCAAACUCAGGAGCGUUGUGGUCCGAGCCGCUGUCACGGGGGAAAUGACCCCAGAGCAGACGGAUAAGUCAGUGGAGGGGAGCCCGCAUGCCGAAUCGGGCCAUUUGAGCAGCCCUGCCAGACUGGCUCACAAAGUCAGACGUCGGACGCUGGGACAGCGCAGACGAGUGCAACUCAUGCCACCGCGCUUUUUCGUGGCAGCGGAUAGUGUUGUUUGCGGCCUGGCUUUUGCCCAUGCGCGACAAGGACGAGCAAGUGUCAUCCAGGAGGCCUUGGUUGGGUCUGUGCACUUUGAAGGCCGAAUCUGCGAAGAGCUGCUUCGGUUAUCUUCAGAUGGCUUCCUUCGCUGCUUUACGCCCUAUGAUUGCGAAAAGCCACGAAUCAGUGUGCAUGCCGGUGAGAUCUUGCAGAUUGAAGCGCUGCCUGGGCCAUGCCUUGGCCGAUUUAUGCUUUGGCAAGUCCACACGUUCCUGCGCGUCUUCGUCUUCUGCUGUGCAGACUCUGCCGAGCGGGAACAGUGGAUCUCGAACUUGAGUCGCAUGGUGGCACAGGUUGGCGGUGACCAUGCACCAGCUGAAGGUGCCAGCCAAAAGGACACAAAGUCAACCCCAGAUCUUGGCUCUCCGCGAGAGCCACCAUCACAAGAACCGCCGUCGCCGAAGACGCCCGCAACCUGGAAAAGCGGGCGAUCAAACCCAGUGGAAGUGUUUGGCUUAUCUAUCGCAAAAAAAGCCGCUGGCAGAGUCGCAGGCGGGGCCAGAACCGGCUUGCGCGCGAUUACGGGUGGACAGCGCGUGCCAAGUAAAGAGGCGAUGUUGCUCAUGGACUCCACAAGGGCCCGGCGCUGGGGCCACCGACGGCGACUGGUCCUUAACGAUCGCAUCCUCGCAAGCUUGCCAGAAAAGCAGUUGGCACCCGACUUCUCAGCGUGUCUGCUGGAGAAAGCGCUAAGUUUGGGGGAAGCACCGGCAGGGGCCGACGUCACCGCCUUCCUGGAUGCGACAUGCCUCUUCAAGGCCGUGAGCUUCCAAAAUUGGACCGAGGCUGAGGUGUUGGCAUUUUGGAUCAACACUUAUCACUGCAUCCUCCUGCAUGGCCUCCUCAUCUUUGGGGCUCCGCAGUCCAAAUCCGAGUUGAGCAAUUUCCGAAACAGGGUCAGCUACUUGAUCGGAUCGCGGCCGAUGAGCCUGCGCGAGAUCGAAAGUGCCAUGCUGCGUGUGCCCAAGACAGACCCGCAGGCUGCCAGGCAAGCUCGCGUGCGAGCGCGGCAGCUCCUGGGCUUUUGCCUCUGCCGCGGAAAGGCCGUCACCGACGUCACUCAGCCAGACCCCAACUCUCCCUUCAGCAAUCGCCAGUCAAAAGCCCAGAAGGAGCAAGAUGCCAAGAUGUGUUUGCCCAAGAUGCCGCUUCCCAAGGGCCCAUGGACCUAUGACAAAAUGCAAGCGUGUCUGUACAUUGGAAGCCCUCCCGAAGUCUGGCUUCCACCGAAGCAGGACCUCCGAGUCGUACUGACUCUGAACCGAGGUACCUUGAGCUCCUUGUCUGCGGUUCCAAUCGUCGAAGCUGGAAGCAUUGACUCCCAGCUAAACGAAAUGGCACACCAAUUCGUCAGUACCUUCGUGGAGGUACAGCUUCGGGAUGGAAUUCCGCAGAAGGUGAUGUUGCCGGUGUGGUGCCGAGCCCUUCUACAAGAGUUCAGGGAUGACGAGGCCCAGUUGCUUUCUUUCAUCUGGAAGUUCAUGUCGAAGGAGGCGCCGCAGUUGCCGGACAAGAAGAUUCAGCUCAAGUUCAAGAAGUUUCCCCAAGACUCGCGUCAACGUGUUCAGUUCUUCAAGGCUAUUCUUGGCGCCCAAGAGGCGAAACCAACUUCAGCCUUUUACGCUCUCGACAGCGCUGCGAAGGCGGCACACCUCACGCUGCUGACCAGAGGCCAGAAGUCACAUGCGCUGCAACCGACAGUCGCUGAACCUGAGCCGGAGCGUGAUGAUGAAUUAAAGGAUCUGAGCCUCAUCUCUCUAUGA